AUGCCACUAUACAGUGGAGAUAGUUGCACCUCUAUCGACACGAUUGAUGAGAUCUGUGAGCUCCAAUACGAGAAAGAGCAAGAGAUUCAGAAGCAGAAGGCUCUUGCCGCGGCAGAAUUACAGAGAAGACGGAGUAAUUCUGGAUUUGGGAAACGGCUAACGAGGCUUCUCUCUUUCGAACGGAGUCCAUCUGUUGAGAAGAAGAAACGGAAUAUUGAAGAGGAGAAGCCGCCGAAACCGGGAAGAAUUCUCAUGAAUUCGUUGAGAAAGUUCACGCAUAGCUGGUCGUCAGAGGUAUCCAACGAUGAGGAGCGAAAGAGUAUGUCGGAUCUACGAGAAGUCGACGGUCGACCGAUUCCACCGACAGAAUGUCCACUUUUCGAAAUGACAGCACGUGGAAACGGGCAGAAUGGAUUCGAUUCGUUUCUAGCGAUCAAAAAGAAACCCAGUGAUUAUCAAGUGCCAUCCACUUCAGUCGUCGCACCCUCAUCGGUCACUCUUCCAAUGUCUCCGUUGACUUCAAUGCCACCACAAAUUGUGAAUUUUCCGGUGCUCAUUGUGAUGAAUAAUGACGGCCACCUGUCAACCCAUCGAAUAACGCUGCACGAAGGAGUCACAGAGGUUGGAAGUGACAGUCAAAUGUCGAAUUUCUCGCAACAUAAUAUCUAUCUCGACGGUUCGGACAUUCGUGGCCGCCACGCUGCCAUCGCCUUCAUGGAAGGAGUCGUCACACUGACACCGUCGACACGUGACGCUUAUUUAGAGGUGAACGGCCAACCGCUGAUGCAGACGGAGAUCCUUCGGGACGGUGAUACGAUACGCAUCGGAGCUGAUCACUUGUUCAAAUUCAGUAGCCAACCGGCAGGAUCACUCAACAAUCAGAGACACUUCCAGCAGCAGACUUAUCCGGAAAUGGCUGAUUCACGUGCUUCCACUGCCAGGUGUGGUGCACCGUCGUCAGAUUACUGUAGUCUGCCACUGAACGGAAAUCAACAGAACGGUGGAGGAGGACACAACAACGACUACUAUCCGCCGAGGAGAUUGAACGCUUCAAUUCCGGAGAUCUGCCAAUAUGCAUAUCCGGAUAUCCUAUUUACGGAAAACUGGAACUCGUCAUUCGGGUUUCUGAAAAUUCGGAAUCCAAACGUUUGA